AUGGCAGGUGAUAUGUUUCAUGUGAUGAAUAAAAGUAAGGAGCUAGGAGAAAUAUUUAUGAACUAUUUUAAUAAUGACGCUUUAAGUAUUAAAUAUAUAAAUGAUUGUAAAAAUGGUGAGUCAUUAGAACUUUAUGGAUGUUUUUAUCUUGUUAAUUCGGAUUCACUUCGAAAUAGAGAUGGAAAUAAAAAUCAAGAAUCAAGUUUUGUUGAAAAUAUAACAUUUUUAUCAUUUUGUUAUAUGAACAAGUUAAUAGAAAAAUAUUACAAUAAUUAUAAUUAUGAUGACAAAAUAAAUAUUCGAAAUAAUUUUAUUAAUGUUUUAUUUGGUUUAUCACUAGAGUUUAAUCAUUCUAUAAAUAUGGAUAUGUUAAAUAUAAAAGAGAAAUCUUUAGAUAUAUUUAAAAAACAUUUAAUGGAAGUAUUUAUAAAUCAAAAUAAUAAUUAUUUGAUGUCAAAUUUUAUGAACUGUUCAGAUUGUUAUUAUAUUCGUUCAUAUUCAAAUUCGACAAGAAAUAAAUAUUCACAAAUAUUAAGCAUAAUAUGUGUAUAUAAUGAUUAUACAUAUUUUCGAUAUCUAUAUAAUUUUAUUUUAUAUUUUAUGGUUGAAUUUUUGAAAAAAAAAAUGGAAUAUAUUACAUUACCAGGGGGAAAUCAAGAUACAAUGCAAUUAGCGAGAAAAAUUCAUGAAACAUUUUUUAAACAAGGAAAUGAAGGGAUUGAAGAAAAAAAGAAAAAUGAUUAUUUUACUACACUAUUACACAUAAGUAUAAAUUUUUUAAAAGAAAUAUUUUAUACAAUAACUAAUGAUAGUUUUACAAAUACACUAACCAGACAACAAUUUAAUAUGUUUAGAACAAUAAUUAUAAAUGAUAUAAAUGAGCUUUUUAAUUUUAUUUAUACAUGUUUUUAUUAUUGUAUUUUAUUAAAAAAAAAAAAUGAAUUUAUUUUAUUAAUGGAAUGUAUUAAGGAAUUAUCUUUCUUCUCUCCCAUCCAUUUAUUUUUUAAUAGCUCAUCUAUAUCUCCUAUGAAUUUUUUAUUAAACGCUUUGGUUUUACCACUUCAGAAUAAUAAGAAAAGCAAUGGAAAUAUAUAUCAAAAUUCGUUUAGUAAUAGUUCAGUAAAUUCACAAAAUAAUGAACCUUUUACUCGUAUAACUCCAGAUGAAUUUAAUUAUUUAUACACACGCUACUUAUUUAAUCAAGGUCAUAAUAUGGAUUCAACACAGUUUUCCCAAUUUAAUGAAAGUGUUAGUAACUUUUUAAACGAUCCAGAUUUACAAGAAAUAAUAUUAACAAUAUUUUCAAACAUAAUAGAAGGUGUAUCUAAAAUAAAUAGUAAAACUUUUUUACAAAUUAAUGAGAAUGAACUUAUGAACUUUUUAGAGAAUUUUUUUAAUAUAGAUUUAAAUUAUUAUGAUAUAAAAAAUUAUGAUUUUGAAAAUGUGUAUAUUAAAAUGAUUAUGAGCAUAUCAAACAUUCCAGUGUCUAACUAUUUACAUAAAAAAGAAAAUAAAAUAAAAUGUAUACAUAUGUAUAUAAUUAAUAUAUUUAAAAAUAUACAUCAUCCAAAUAUUAAUAUCUUAAUUUAUAUGUUAACUAUUUGUAAAAAUAUUUUUGAAAAAAAUCGAGAUUUAAUUUUUGUAAAAAAUAAUCAAGCUAGCCAAAUUCAAAAUGAACAAAAUAAUAUGUACAAGCUAGAAAAAAAUGCAUUAUUAAAUGAUGGAAAUGAAAAAAAAUAUACUCAAGAUAUGUUUGUAAUAUCUAUUGAAGAUUUAAAAAAAUUAUUUACUCUUAUAUUUAUACGAUAUAUAAAAAUACCAAUAUAUAAAGAUCCAAAUUCUUUAAACAAAAAAUUAAUGAUACAAUUUUUUAGUAACUAUAUAAAUGAAUAUAAUGAAGAAUGGUUUGUUGCAUAUAAUAAACAUAUUAUGAACGAGUCAGAAAAUGAUGAUAACACAUUUCAAUCGGAUAUACAUACGAAUUCUAUGAUGAAAGAUAAUGAGACUGUUAGUAACAACAAUAAUAUAUUGAGACAACGUAUAUGUUCACUUUUAAAAACAUUGAUAGGAAUGAAUCAUGAGGUAUAUCAAACUGCUGUUAAUGUAUUUUGUGAAUUUUUUAAAUUUUACAACAAUAUAAAUGUUGAUAACUUAUAUAAUGAAAUGCUUAAAACGAAGGAAUAUUUUGUUUACUCAUUAUUGGAGAUGUAUUAUGAGAUGCUAACAUUUUUAAUUAAUACAUUGAAGGAAUGUAAAAAUAUAGUAACAGAAGGGAAUCAUAAAAUUCAUGAAGAAACUAUUUCAUAUCAACUUUCUACAUCUCCAAAUGGUUCUAAUGGGAGCGGUUCUAAGAAUCAAUUCAUUCAAGAUAAGAAAAAUAUGUUAAUUUCUAUUGAUCAACAAAUUGAACAAUUGUUAGCUAUAGAUAGAGAAAAAGAAAAAAUGCAAUCUGCUCAAAUAGGGGGACAAAAUAAUGGAAUUAAAAUAGAUUAUGAGGAAAAUGAAAAUGUAAAAAUAUUAAGAGAAGAAAAAAAUAAUAUUAACUUAAUAUUACAUAUUGUUAAUUGUAUAAAUAAAUAUCAAUCUUCUCCAUAUUAUGAAAUAGAUAAUAAUUGUAUAAACAAUUUAGUAAGUUGCUAUAAACAAAUAUCGGAAAAUGAUUUUACUAGUUUUAUAAAUAUAUCAAAAAAUUUUAUUUUAUUUGAAAUUAAAAGAUUAGAAUUUAUUUCAAAUAAUUCUUAUAUAUUAAAUUAUACAAAAGAAUAUGCAUUUUUUAUGAUGGAAAAUAUAUUUAAAAAUAUUUUACAAAAUAAUAAUAAUUUUAGUUUAGAAUUAAAAAAAAAUUAUUUUUCUAUAUUUUCAUCUAUUGUUGAAAAUUUAAAAAACCAUUUAACAAAUGAUAUGAUUCAUAAUAUUUUGAAAACAUUUCUUGAGUUUAGGAAGUCUACAUCUAUGGGUUCAGGAAAUGAUUCCAAUGCAUCUAACUCCUUUUUUAAGCAUAACAAAGAAUUUUCGUUUUUCAUUCUUGUCCUAAUCUCUUCACUUAAUGUUGGAAAUAUAAAUGACAACAUAGAAUAUGUUCAAGUCAUAAUGAAUGAAUCGAUAGAACUACUAACCAAUUUUAAUAAACAAGUUACAAAUUUUCAAAGUCUCUAUAAUUUUUUAUACACAGAUAAUAAUGCACUAACUACUGUAAGCUAUUUAUUUGAUACUUACAAAAUAACACAAGCUUUUUUUUCGAAAUUUUCCUAUAAUAAAAUUGAAAGAAUACUUAACAAAAAAAAUAUGAUCAAGUCAUCAACUUUUCCAAAUUAUGGAAAUACAGAAUUAAGUAGUGAUAUAAUUUAUAAGUUAACAAAUAAUAAUAUAAUAUUAAUAAAUGAAAAUCCAUUUUUACAAAUUUGUAUGAACCUAUUUGCUAACUCAAUAACUAUUCUGUCUAUAUACAACGGGUUCAUACACAAUGAUAUAAAUAGUUUAGUUUUUGAAGAUUGUCCUACAUUUUAUUCGGAUAUUAAUUAUUUUUAUUUAGGGAAAAAAGAAAGAGAGCUUGCCAUUGCAUAUAGUGCAAAAAAUAAAAAUCAAAAAAAAAACGGAUCUUUUUCAAGCAUUGAAAAUGUGCAAAUGAAGAAUAACACAAAUAAUUAUGGGGGUUUGAAAAAAUUUGGAAAAUUAAAUUUUAUAUCGUUACAUGAAAAUGCAUGUAAUGUAAUAAAAAAAUAUGUUGAAGAAGAUUAUAUAUUUAUUAAUAAUAAUAUAUUAAACAUAUUCAAUGAUGUUUUAUCUUUGGGUUUACAACAUACUCCAUAUACCUAUGUUAAUCAUCACACUUUAUCAAUUUAUUUAUCUUUAAGUCAAAAAAUAAAAUAUUUAAUUAUGAACAAAAAUACAAACGAAUUAAUAAUUGAUUGGUAUGUUAAAAUAUUUUUUAUUUUUUUUGAAAAACAAUUUAACUAUUUUAAACAAGAAGAAGAAUUUAUAAAAAAAGUGAAUUCCCAUUUAAGUAAUGAGACUGAUAUUAGGGAAGAAGAUUAUUCGAUAUAUUGUGAUAUGUUAUAUAGAAAUAAAAAACAUAUUUUUAAUUUUUUUAAAAUAUGUAAAAAUUUAUUUGUAAUACCUAAUGAGUUAAGUAUGUCUACUGAUUCGAGUCAUAGUAGCAAUAUAAAUGGAAAUUAUUCUGGAGAUAAAAAUAAAAUUUAUUUUUAUUAUUAUUUAUAUAAUAGUGAUAAAAUAGGUUUACUUAAUUAUUUAUUACCAACAUUUGAAUGUCUUUUAAAUAGCUAUGAUUGUAAUGUUACUAAACAAUGUUUAUCAUGUCUUACAGAUUUAUCCGAAUCAAUAUGUGUAUUGCCAACAUUUAAUUCUUCAAAUAGCUUUUUUAUUUUAUUACAAAUUAUGAAAACAAUUUUACAAGGAUUUUUAUUAUACAACCCUCCAAUGUUAACAUUACAGCAAAAUAUGAAUGAAAAAAAAAAUAUAAACAAUAUUUUAUUUAGCCAAUAUGACGAAAAUAAUAUAGAUAUAUAUAUUGGGGAAAUGAGUAUAUUUACAAAAAAUGAUCCACAAGAAGUUAAUUCAUUUUUAAAUAUUUUUACAUCCACAUUUAUUAAAAUAUGCAAAAAUUAUUUCCUUUUACAAAAAAAUACUUUUAAUAAUAUAAACCAAAAUACAAGUUUUAAUGAAUUAAUAAAUAUCGAGCCAACUAAACAGUUUGUAUUGUUAUUACAAAAUCUAGGCAACUCAAACAUGUUCGAUUUUCAAACUAUUGUUUUAGAUUUGAUCAAGCAAAAUUCUUCGGACUAUUUUAAAAACUUGUUAAUCAAUUUGAGAUUACAUAGAACACAGAAAUGA